AGACGCAUUGAACAACACCACGGCAGCGAAAUUGCCAACGAAAUGAUCAGCCCAUAUUGGAACUGCGCCCAAAAAAACAUCCAUACCCCCAAAACCGCUUCCAAAACGCCAAGCAAGCCGCCGCCUCUUGUUCGUUUCCAGGUCCCCCCUCGACGACUCCCCAAUCAGGCGACUCGGGGUCCCAAUCCGGGCCGCUGAUUGGCCACUCGCCCCUGUCGCGCGGCGCUUCUGCUUCACCUUUCAUUCCUGAAACACCGCCUGUUCGAAGGACCUCGACCAGAAACCUGCCCGUCUGAAGAGCCAAGCGCCUGGCGAGGGGGGCAAGAGUUUCGUAUAGUCUCUUUUUUUCUAGUUUCAAUUUUUCUUCUUGUUUCCUCUCUCUUUCUCUUUUUUUCCCUUUCUUUCUCUUCAUGCCUGGUGCGUGACUCUAAUCCCAUUUUUUCCUUCUUAGUUUCCUUUUUUUUUUCACUUCUCUUCUUGUAAGGCUACUAGCGACCUCUUGUGUCUGCUUCUCUUUGUAAAAACUGCCGGGCAGUUGAGGUUUCUGAUAGCCAAUGCAUUCGUUCUACUAGUCCAUUUUUUUUUUCUUUCAUUUUUUUCGUUUACGAUUCUUGUAUACCGAGCUUAGGUCUUGGUUACUAUAUUUUUUCAAACUUCAGCUUUUUGAGAUUUCAAGGAAGAGGUUUUAGACGCCGGUCGUCAAAUUCAAGUGACAAAUAAAGAAAGAAAAUCGAGAGGGAAACGAAAAAGAACCGAAAACUGCAAAUUCUUUUUUUUUAUACGACAUAUAACUACACCAAAAAAAAAAAAGAGCCUUCAAAAUGCCUGACAAAGUCUUCGUCGCCACGGUCAUCGCCGACCUCCUCUUCCUCGCCUCCGGCGCCAUGGAGCUCGGCUUCUCCAUCGCCGCCAUGAACCUCAAGGACAAGACGCCCACCGACGGCCAGGACGCCACGCGCCACCUGCUCUACCAGCGCUUCCCCCUCGUCGUGGGCAUCGUCAACGCAAUCUUCAUCCUCGUCACGUUCCUCUUCACCGUGCCGGCCAUGGCGCUGGUCAAGCGCAACCUGCUCAAGAUCAGCGGCUACAUGAUUACCGUGUGCGCCGUCUUCACGCUGGCGGUGGGCUUGUACCUCUGGAUCAUGACGUUGACGUUGAAGGAGACAUUUCUGCCGGUUUAUGAGGAUCAGGAUUCGUCGAUUCAGUCGUUGGUGCAGGUUUCGUUCCAAUGCUGCGGCUACCUCAACGCCACAACUCCCGCCUUUGUCACAGACUCUGCCUGUCCCAGCCCUGCCGCGGCCGCUCUGCUGCGCGGAUGCUCCACAAACAUGGCCAGUUUCGCAAACGCCUUUGUCACUGACCUUUUCACAGCCAUCUUUGGCAUGGUCGGUAUCGAUGCUCUCCUGAUCCUUGCCAUUGCCUGUCUCCUCAAAGAGCGCAAGGAAAUCGAGCGCUACUACAUCAUUGAUCAAAAGAGAAACUAUGGCGGUUUGUAAGAAGCCAAAAGGGGAGCGUGAAAUGAAGAAAAAAUGUUAAAUUAAUGAUUUCAUCUACAUAAAAAAAAAACCACCAAAAGUCACGGUUAUUACUACACACAUCUCUCAAAAACUCUUUUUUUUUUCAAGGCUCAAACAUCACAUCAUGUAUGAACAGCUUCUUUCUUGUCAAGUUUUAUAUCCCAUAGCGUUUGCACACAAAGUUUGUUAUAUAAGUCUUGCUCUACCUAAUUCCCAAAAGUAAUGUUUUUAAUAUGAACCUUUCUUUCUCUUUUCAUCCCUGCUUCUAAGCUCUUUCUUACCCUUAGCAUGAUAAAAUAGAAAAUCAGCCACUCCCAUGCCAGAAUAAAAAAUGUUUUGAUGCCUAAAAAAGAACUAGUAAAAAUACAUAUCGUGAGUAAUUUAAAACUCGCUAGAACAAAAAAAAAGAUUCGGGGUAAGGGGAAAAAAAAAAGUAUGGAUAUGAAAAGUGCCUCCUGAAUAUUCUCCUGCAAAUUUGCUUCCCAGCAUCUAUCGCAAUGCAAACCCGCCAUGAACAAACUAGAUUCCCAUCGUGGUAUAAUAUGAAAUAAAAUGAAAUCGAGGACUAAAACAAAGUAGCCGUCUUUAGACUCUCUCAAUCUCCAAGAAAAAUUCAAGCUGGAGAUCAGAAUGCCCAAAACACGCCUCCUUUCACGUCAGCUCUCAGUCAAUGAUUAAUAGUCUAAAAGAUGUCCCUCUCAAAUCGACAUCAAAUUUAUUGUAUCCCCUCAUUUUCUUCCUCUUCCUCUUCUUCUUUUUGUAGACUCAUACAUUUGAGUCGUUGGCCCUGCCAUCCGAACCUCUUUCCUCUUCCGGGUCAUCUCUAUAACGUUGACGCGACGGGCUGCUUUCGUUUACUAUGCUGGUAUCGCCCAUAGAAGUACUUCUGUUGUGGCGCCUCAGCCAGUUCAACGAGAGUAAGCCACCAAGGGUAUCUGAAAAGGCCGAGUCCCUUCGAAGAUUUCGGCGCGCAACCAAACCUGGGAACCCAGUGCUCUUCCUCCGUCGGCGGGCAAACUUUCGAGGAGAGGGAUCUGCGCUAGAACUCGGCUGGCCCGUCAAGCUCACGCCACUCAUCACCCUCUUUACAGGCGGCAGUAACGGCGUUGAUUCGGUUCUCAUCGGAAGCGUCAUCGAGCGGCGCCGCCCAGCAGGCGUGGUAGGUUCAUCUUGGUCUUGUAACUCUCCCCAGAUUUCAUCCCGCUCCACCCAACCCAAACUCUUCUUGCG